AUGCCCGAAGUAAUUACUAAGAACGCCGAGGAAUUCCGUGAAAGGAAGCUCAACUUCAAGACCGCUGAAGAGAACAAUGAAACUGUGAUAAUUGCGAAGAAUAGCUAUAUCACCAGUAGGCGGCUGUUGGCUCUGUCCCUCGCAAAUGACAUAGAUAACCCAGGUGUUGCGCGAGCAAAUGCAGCAGUGUCUGUGGAAAAGCCCGAGGGCGACCUCGAAUGGGCGAGGAAAAAUGACGGCUACACACCUCUUCAACAACACAUUCUUUUCUGGGAUCGCGAUGGCGAUGGAAUGAUUUUCCCUUGGGAUACAUACAACGGGUUUCGAGAACUGGGUUUUAAUAUUGUCUUCUCGAUCCUUGCGACCUUUAUCAUCAACGUCAACUUUUCGUACCCCACACGCUUGGCAUACUCGUGGUUCCCCGAUCCAUAUUUCCGUGUGUAUUUGACGAGCAUCCAUAAAGCGAAGCAUGGCUCGGACAGCGGCACAUACGAUCCAGAAGGCCGCUUUAUACCGCAAUUGUUUGAGAACUUGUUCUCAAAAUGGGAUAAGGAUGGCGAUGGCGCCUUAACUCUUCGAGAGCUAUUUCAGCUAAUGCACGGCCAUCGAUGUGCUGCUGAUCCUUUUGGGUGGAGCGCGGCCUUGUUUGAAUGGGGGACAACUUGGCUCCUAAUUCAGAAGGACAGCAAAGUCUACAAAGAGGAUUUACGGGCAGUAUAUGAUGGGUCAUUAUUCUGGCGAAUUCGCGAAGCAAGACAGACUCCAACUGGCUGGGCGCAGGGCUGGGGUUUAGGAGGUGAUGGGUUUAUCGGAGGGACGAAAAUAUUUUAG